AGAGUACAAGCUGAAAAGAAAAAAAAAAGUUGCGAAAAAUAAAGUUUUAUAAUUGUGAACAGCAAAUUAAAAAAAAGAAAUCUAAUCUUGUUGCUGCUUAAAAUUACUUUCUCUAAAAUUAUCAGUCUCGAUUUGUUAUAACAAGAAAUAAUCUCACGUUACUAUUAUCAUCACAUGUUUUAAAAUAAUGAAUGCGAAAGCUAUUGAAUGUCUUUUAGUCACAGCAAAUUGUGGCAGUGUUUUUGAAGAUCCAUCAAGGUUGCUUGAAAAUUGGAUUGCAGAAUUCUUAUCACAUGUGAAAAAAAGUAAACCAAAAUUUAUCGGAUUACAUUUACAAGAAGUUGGUGGAAAGACUUAUGAAAAAUCUAUGGAAUAUGUAGAACAGUUCAUAAAAAUUAUGUGUGAAUCAAACGAACUCAGUGAAUUUGCUAAAAUACGCAUAUAUCUUGAUGAAGAUUAUAAUUCAGCAGAACAUUUUACAGCGCUUGGGAAUCUCUAUUUUGUUCACAACUCAAUAAACUGUUUGAAAAUUUGGAAUUUUUCUAAUCAUGAAUUUGAGGAUGUUGAAGGAAAAACUAUUCAAACUGGAAACAUAGAAUCUGUCGCAACUAAAGAAAAAGCAAAAUUUCCUCAACAAUUUUUCCCAGAAUGCAAAUGGAGCAGAAAAGGUUUUUUAAGAACACGAUGGAAUAUUGAUGGUUCUACAAUAGAUUUAAUCAAUAUACACUUAUUCCACGAUGCCAGUAAUUUAGCAGCCUGUGAACCUUUUCCAUCAGUCUACUGUAAAAGUAGAAGACGAGCAUUAAUUCAUACAUUAGAAAGAAUUCAUAAUGAUCAGGAAAAUGGUUUAGUUCCUUUCUUUAUUUUCGGCGAUUUCAACUUCAGAUGUGAUACAGAAGGUGUCGUUAGAAAGUUAACAACACACUUGACGGAACAAAGAAUUCCACAUCUGAAAACCGAUCAUUCAAAAGUUCAAUUUCGUGGUGCUGAUGGAAGUAUUCAGCUGACUGUUGGGAAAAAAGAAUUUACCCAUAUUGAUCAUAAAAUAUUUAAAGAAGACUGGUUGAAAAAGUUUGAUCGAGAAUUGGAGCCAUUAGAAGAUAUUUUAUAUGAAUUUCCUAUUAGUUUUUCUCCUACUUAUCCUUUUGAGGAAAAUCCACAAUUGCCAAAUCAUUAUAUGACAACUCGUUGCCCAUCAUGGUGUGAUAGAAUAUUAAUGACAAAGUCAAUGAAAAGAUUGAUUGAAAAUGAGGAAUAUACGGAAUAUGGGAUAAUAGGAAAAGACAUUUGCAUGGGUGACCAUAAACCAGUUUAUUUGAAGUUGUAUUUAAAAACAAAUCAAGGUAAAAUCAAUAAUUGUGAUCACGUGCAAUCUACAAAAGAAGGUUGCAAACAAAACUUAAAUAGUAAAAUAAAUGCUUGUGAAACGUGCUCAAAGCAUAUGAAUAAAGUCUUUUGCGAAUAUAGUAUGAAACCACUGCCACUUUCAUCGUCUAAAAUAAAUUUAAGUAAGAAUAAUCAUAUGCCAUUGGUUAGCAUAAGUGUAGUUGACGCCGAUACUCUAAAUACUUGUAUGUGUAAGAAAAUUAGUGAUUUUGAAAAUCGAACUAGAAAAUAUAUCAACAAUACAGUGAAUGAAAAAGUCUGUUCAACAUGUGGACUUAUUAUAAAGAAACAGCCAAUGCUCGUUUCAAAACAAGUGAUGCUGGGAGAUGUUAUUGUUAAUCGAAUAGAUAGUCAAUUUUUAAGCAGUACAUAUUCUUCUAGUCCUUCACAAAUAAGAAAACUCAAUGAUCCAUAUACUCCCGAGAGUAUUGAAUCACAUUCACCACAGCCAGAAAUGGAGGAGGAAAAUUUUAUCAACAAUACAAUUGAAGAAGAUGAUAGUAUAAUAUGUGACGUAAUUAAGCAUAAAACUGACCAUAUUUGUGGUGAUAAUAUUCUCGAAGAUGUUGAUAAUAGUCUUCAAAAUUUUCACAACCUUAAUCAUUCAGUUUCAGCUAGUCAACUCCAAACACGACUAGAAAUUCUAAGACGUGAAUCUCAAUUAGAAUGCAGUUCAAAGAAUAGUGGCAGUGGUUUGUCUGACUUAAAUAAUAAAUCUUCAUUAAAUUCAAAAUGUUUGUGUUGUUCUUGUGCUAUAUUGUAGGAUUAGUUUCUUAUUAUUUUUCAUUAUUUCAAUCACCAUGAUUAAGUUUAAGCUUUAAUAUAUUGUUUUUAGUUUUUUAUUUGUUGUAUUUAGUUGUUUUUAUAUUCAAUAUUAAAUUAUUUCUUAAAAUUAGUUGUUACUGAAAUACGGAAUUUUAUUAAUAUUUUGAAGAUUUUUAUUUACAGAUUUUUUUGCCAAAUAAUGCUUAACCUUUUUUUUAUGUAAAAAAUGUUAAUAUGCUUUUAUAUUUAAAAUUGCCUUUAUUAAUUAAUUCAGUUCAAGCUUUAAUUUAUUCCAUCAAAUAUGAAUUGAAAUGAUUUUAUGGCAAGUUUCUAAAAUAAAUUUCUAGUUUAUUUGAUUUUUACUGCAUUUUUCUAAAUCUCGCUAAUAUCAAAUGUUACAAAUGCCUCUAAUUAUUUCGGCAAUAUAGUAAGUUAACAUAAAUAUUUGUCUCGAUUUGUAUGACAUUAAAAGAUGAUUUGAAUUGCAUUUCAAAUAUCUAGCACAACUUAACUUUUUACUUUUUUAUUUUAUUUUAUUUUUAAUAUUUUUCUUUAUAAUUAUUGUUUGUUUCAGCUUCAAAACUUGUUUUAUGGUUAUUCUUUACUCUUUUUUUGGUUCACUUUUAUAAUAGUACUUACAAUUUGCUCACGAAAAUACUAAGUUUUGUUUUUUAAUAUGCUAUUUAGAUACGAUAAGUGAAAAUGAAAUUUGGAAAGCAAAAAUAGAUCUGCAAAUCUUUGAAACAUUAAUGUUAGAAUGUGAUAUCAAGAGUUAUUCACAGCUCGACUCAUCAAAAUGUGUAAAGCACUACAUCAAGAUAAUUCAAUCAAGUGGAGAGGAAAUUAGUAAGGAUGAAAAGUUGACAAGUUCUGCCGAUGGAGACGAGAGCAAUGAUUCAAUUAUAGAGCAUUUUUAUUUAGAAACAACAGUAUGAAUUAGCAAUCAAAAUAUAUGGUGGUUUGUGAAUUUUGUAAUCAUGGGUGUAGCUAAAUGAGAUCAAAAGGACUCCCAAUCUCGAAAACAUUUUUUAAUGGAAAAAUGUUUUUCUAAUAUAAAUAUUACGUAAGUUUGUUUUAAGCUCUAAUUCACGUACCGCUAAUAUUGAUAAAAAGUACAAAAUUAAGAGUUUGGAAGAGAAUUUCGUAUCUCAUUAAUUUUUUUUCUGGCUAUGCGACUGCUUAUAACAACUGAAAGAUAAUUUAAGUGAAAUGCAAAAAACAAAUACAAAUCAAAACUUAAAAGGCUUAGUUUGAAUUCGAAUAGUCUUUUUUGGUUCGUGUUCUUUGUAAAUGUGUAUCAUUAAAAGUUAAAGUUCUAAUAUUUUAUAAACAGUAACCAAAUCAUAGAAAUGGCUGUUAAUUAGAGUAAAUUUUGUAUUUAUAUAAAAAUUUGACACGGAUUAGGAAAAAAAGCCAUUCUUUAAUUAUUGAUUUACAAUUUUUCAGGUCUCUGCUUAAUGACUGACUCUUGAGUAUGAGUUCUUGAUUUCUCAGUCUCGAAACUUUUGGACACUCAAGACCAAAAUUUAAACUCAAAUAUCUUAAGUAAAAAGCUGGGCUUACCGGCGUCCUAGGUAAAUGCUAAGAUCGUUUAAAGACAGCUCUAUUUCUCGAAACCUUCUGCUAUAGGAUCAUAUACAAUGAUUUAAAACUUACUUCUAAGUUAGUUGUGAUCUAAUUUUGGUUUAAAACUUCAAAAAACUCGAAAUUAUAAAUGUGUUUUGUUCCUAUGUUCAGAUGAGAAUUAAAAAGUUUCAAAACUCGUUCAAUUUUGAUAAUUAUUAAAGAAAAAUGAGGAAAAAACAUAGUAAAACAAAAAUAGCCAAAAUCUAAACGAUAAUUCUCUUUAUUGUUGUUUAAGUUGAGAUUUAUAAAUGCUCAUGACUAUUUGCUUGAUAAUAUAAAAGAAAUUAGUGACCUAAUUACAUUCCGUACAUUCAAUUAAUCAAAUCUUGUAGGAAACUCUCAUUUAAAAUAAUCAUCAAAAACUGUGUAUUUCAUGCGUCAAAUUAACUAAUUUAGGUUUUGCUACCCAAAUAAACUAGCCAGGAAAAUUUACAAAUUAUUUUAGCUAUAAAACAUAAAUUUCAAUGUUACCUCUUUAAAAUAUUAAAAACAUGACAAUGAAAAUGUAGAAAGUCAGUUAAAUUUUAAACUCUUUUGAAGUUCUACAAAUCUUACCUGUUUUUUUUUCUUUAUAGUAGCUUUAUAGUAGUAUUAUUUUUAAUACGAUCUCAGAAAUUGCAUCUUUGACCAGAUGAUAGACCAAUAAAAGUAAAUUAACAAAAUAUGAUUCAAAUUAUUGCAAUGUUUGAAACUUUUAAGAGAUAUUUUAUCAAAAAAAAAAAACUGAAUUCAUACUUUAUUAUUGAUGUUUUUAGACUCUUUCAAUAUAGAGAAUUGAAAUACAUGUAGCUUAUUCCUUUAGUUGGGAGAUUUAAUGUUGGUAAUCAAAGAUGUAUUACUAGAAAACUCCUUCCUGAAUUUACCAGAUUCGAAUAUAAAAAGUUAAAAACAAAAACUAAAGAGAGUUAUUAACAUUGUAAUCAAAAUUUGUGUAUUCAAAGCUUUUUUUAUUUUUUUUUAAAACUUAAAAUUUUUAGAUAAGGUGUUUUUUUUAUUAAAAUAC